AUGCGCUUUCCGCAGAAGCAAUUGAGAGUUUGGAAGACACAUUCAGUACAUGUUAGCGACAACAUGCCUUCUUCUUCUUCUCCUUGUUGUGAUAAUGCAGUUACCGUCCUCUCAAAAAGCACUGUUGUGCCAGACCAAGAUUCCACUCUCGGAGAUCUAAAGCUCUCUAUCUCAGACCUUAACAUGCUAUUGCCAAGAAAUCUGGAGAAGACUAAAAUGCCAAUGGCGAUGUUUCCAAUGGCAGCUAAUGUUCGCCAACGCUUGGAGCCAAAGUUGGGGGAUUGUUACUUUGAAAAUGUGCUUCAAAGCUGUACUAUAUAG